AUGACAUCAAUUUCUUGGUUGCAGGGAGCUCAUCAAGGCGUAUCGAGCAUGUACGACAAAAUCCGAGGAACGGGCGCUCGUCAAGAAGGAGGCUGCACAUAUUCGCGACCUAUUUCGCGAAGGCGACAAAACGUUCCGAAGACGAAAUAUAGCAAAGCUCUUAUUCUUCCACAUGAAUGGCUACCCUACUGA